AUGGCGGAGCUGGAGGGCCUGGAGUACGGAAAGUCAGACUUUGUGCUUCUAGACGAGGUGACCAUGGAGCAGUUUAUGGAGAACUUGAAGUUAAGGUUUGAGAAAGGCCGUAUCUACACUUUCAUUGGAGAAGUAGUGGUGUCAGUCAAUCCGUACAGACAGUUGGAUAUCUAUGGAAAGAAGGUCAUUGAGGACUACAGGGGAAGAGAACUGUAUGAGAAUCCACCUCACCUGUAUGCUGUCGCAGACGCUGCUUAUAAAGCCAUGAAGAGACGAGCCAAAGACACAUGCAUCGUCAUUUCAGGUGAGAGUGGAGCAGGCAAGACUGAGGCAAGCAAGUACAUUAUGCAGUACAUUGCAGCGAUCACCAACCCUGGCCAGAGGGCAGAGGUCGAGAGUGUGAAGAACGUGCUCCUGAAAUCCAACUGUGUGUUAGAGGCCUUUGGAAAUGCAAAGACCAACCGCAAUGAUAACUCCAGCCGCUUCGGCAAAUACAUGGACAUCAACUUCAACUUUAACGGAGACCCCACGGGAGGACACAUCAACAACUACCUGCUGGAGAAGUCAAGAGUUGUCCAGCAGCAGGAGGGAGAAAGAAAUUUCCACUCAUUUUAUCAGGUUUUACGGGGAGGAUCUGAUGAAUUGCUGAAGUCUUUGUAUCUGCAGAGAGAUCCUGCACAAUAUGCCUACACCAGUCAAGGAGCCUCCGUCACACUUGCGUCCAAUAAUGACUCCUUAUGCCACAAAGCUGUGAUGGCAGCACUAAAAGUGAUCAGCUUCACUGCUGAAGAGAUCAUCUCCAUCUACAAGAUCCUCAGUACCAUCCUACACCUGGGUAACCUUCAGUUUACAAGUGAUGGUGAACAUGUCAUACUUGUCGGAGAAGAUACAGUGAAGCACAUAUCUGAGCUGACGUCCACAGAGCCUGAGAAUGCCAGGAAAACACUGCUGUACCGUACUGUGGCUACUGGAGGUGGUGAGGUCAUUGAAAAGGGACACAAUGAGCAGGAAGCUAGCUAUGGAAGAGAUGCUUUUGCCAAGGCUUUAUAUGAGAGAUUAUUUGCGUGGAUAGUGGGUCGUAUCAAUAGUGUGAUUGAAGUGAAGGACUACAAUCCCGCCCUGCAUGGCAAAAACACUGUUAUAGGUGUACUGGACAUCUAUGGCUUUGAGAUCUUUGACAACAACAGCUUUGAGCAGUUUUGCAUUAACUACUGCAACGAGAAGCUACAGCAGCUCUUCAUUGAGCUUAUUCUACGGCAGGAGCAAGACGAGUACCAGAGAGAGGGUAUCACAUGGCAACAUAUCGAAUACUUUAACAAUCAGAUCAUAGUGGAUUUAGUGGAGCAGCCUCAUAAGGGGAUCAUCUCCAUCCUGGAUGAAGCCUGUCUCACUGCAGGGAAAGUCACAGAUACUGUCUGCCUGGACAGCAUGAACAAAAAGCUGGGCCAGCACCCUCACUACACCUCCCGGAAACUCUGUCCUGCCGACAAGACCAUGGAGUUCAAUAGAGAUUUCCGUAUCCGACACUACGCAGGAGACGUUACGUACUCAGUUGAGGGUUUUCUUGAUAAGAACAAGGACCCACUUUUCCAGGAUUUCAAGCGACUGAUGUACAACAGUUCUGACCCCGUCCUCAAAGAAAUGUGGCCUGACGGGAAAAUGAGUAUUACAGAGGUGACCAAACGGCCUCUAACUGCAGCUACACUCUUCAAAAACUCUAUUAUUGCUCUAGUGGACAAACUGGCCUGUAAGGAGCCAUACUAUGUGCGGUGUAUAAAGCCAAAUGAAGCGAAGUCUCCCAUGCUGUUUAAUGACGGACGCUGUCAGCACCAAGUGGCGUACCUGGGACUGCUGGAGAAUGUCCGUGUGCGUCGAGCUGGAUUUGCCUACAGACAGCCUUACGCACGCUUUCUGCAGAGGUACAAGAUGACCUGUGAAUACACCUGGCCUAAUCACCUGAUGAGCUCUGACCAGGAGGCUGUGGAGGCCAUCGUAAACCAACACGGCUUUGAGGACGAUGUAGCUUACGGCCACACCAAGCUAUUCGUGAGAACCCCUCGCACGCUCUUCACGCUGGAGCAAGAGAGAGCCGCGCUCAUCCCCAUACUAGUGCUGUUCUUACAGAAGGUUUGGAGAGGUGCAUUAGCACGUAUGCGAUGUAGGAAAAUAAGGGCAAUCUAUACCAUAAUGGCAUAUUAUAAAUGCUAUAAGGUGAAGGCUCACUUCUGGGAAGUGGAGAGACGUUUCGCCAACGUUCGAAACAUGGCCGACUAUGGGAAGAGUGUGGAGUGGCCGAAACCACCUGCAGCCCUGGUGCAGUUCCACAGAAUCACACAACACCUCUACCGCCGAUGGUGGGCCCGGCAGCUAAUUAAAAACAUCCCUCCGUCUGACAUGGCGGAGGUGAGGGCAAAAGUAGCUGCUCUGUCAGCUCUGAGAGGGGAGAGAGUGGACUGGGGCUACAGCCGUGCCUGGGAGAGAGACUACUUGGCCAAUGCAAAAGACUCUCCUCUGAUGAGCACCAACUUUGUGCGCAUCACUAAAGAGCUGAAGAACAAAGACCAGUACAGCCAGGUCCUCUUUUCAUGCUCUGUCAGGAUGCUCAACUGGUUCAACAACACAAAGGACAGAGCUCUACUCAUCACAGACAAGCAUAUCUACAGGGUGGAACCUAAAAAACACUUUAAAGUGCAAAAACGAAUAUCGCUUGAUGCAGUAAGUAUUUAGCAUGCAGUCACACC